AUGACGAAUGAAAUGGUGCCCAAUUUCAAGUCGAGCGUUGCGCGCAUACCAGAGCUGGAUGAGCGAGCAGCGCAAGCCUUUCGCGCGGCGGGCAUACCGCUCUCCGACUGUCUCAGCUGCUGCGCCUCCAAUUGCCAUCCUGCUGCGGCCUCCUCGGGCAGCAGCGCCAAGGACGUGGCUGCAGAUGAGUCUGAGGAGUCGGACAUUGCGCCCAAGUUGCUGAAAGCGUGGUCGAAGCAGAGCAUCGACAAGACGAGCGACAUGCUGGGAUCCAACAAGCCCUUUGCAAGUCAUUUGCUGGUCAGCACCAACAAGAAGGAUUGGACGCACGAUGCGGCAGAGGAGGAGGAGGGCAAAGGCGUGCUGGGAUUGCUGAGCAGGUGCAAGUGGGAAGAGGAGGCUUGGGAAAGUGUAGCGUCGGCAGCAGCAGCAGCAGCAGCAGCGUCAAGCGGCGCACAAAGCGCCAAGUCGUCAUCGGGCUGGAAGAGUCGGCUCGGAUUGGGCAAUGCGUCGAGGAGAAGAGCAGCGCAGGAUGAUGGAGAUCAGCGCGCAUCCAAGGCGCUACCGGCAAGCGUAUGGACUACGACGACGACUGAGCAGCAGGGACAGAAAGACGCACCAAAAAGACACGUGACCACCGCUUGUUCCAGCAUCAGCACUUCGACAGAGCAAGGCUGGGAGAGCAUUAUGCGUUUCCCAGAUUGGACCUUGGUGGAUGGAGUGCCUUCCACUUCAGCCCUCGCUCGACUCAAAGACACCCACAACACUGCUUCGAGCAGCAGCAGCAGCAGCAGCAGCAGCAGCAGCACGUCGCCGUCGAGCAGAGCACAAGCGACCAUGCAACUCAUCUACACUCGAUGGUUGAGCUCCACGCCCAGUUGGACGUUGCGCGAACAACAAGAAUGGCGAGAUCUGCGCAUCAAAUCUCAAAGAUGGGUGAUGCCUUUUAGAGCCGUGGUGCUGCUCUGUUCGCACAAGAAGAGGGAUGUGAGGUGCUCGCUGGCUGCAGAGAUGCUCGGCCAACAUUUCCAGACGCUGGCCGAGGAAAAAGGUUGGAAGGUGGAUAUGAGGGCGGAUGAGGUGGGACUUGGUGGUGGUGGUGGUCGGAGAGCAGAGGAGGAGAUGAGGGAGACGGUGCUGCUGGCGACGGAUGGGCUGAGGGAAGAUCGCGGUUGGGGAUACGUGGAUGAGACGUUGGGGGAGCAGCAGCAGGAGGAACAAGUGCGAGCGUGGAAAAGAAGGGCUGCAAAGGGAGAUGAUGAGCUGCCUGGGAGAUCAGCGCUGGGCAAGCAAGAGCGAGAUGAUGAUGGUACGGGCACGCUAGGACUCUUCUUUUGCAGUCACAUCGGUGAGUGGGAAUCGUGCGGCGGCCAACGCGACCGCCAACGCGGCCGCCUUCCCCGCAACUCGCAACUCGCAGACUCGUCGUCGCUCAUGCGCGCAUUCGACCCCACCUAGGCGGUCACAAAUUCUCUGGAAACGUCAUCAUCUACUUUCCCAACGGCGCGGGCGUGUGGUACGGCCGCAUAGAUCCUACGACGCUCAAAGAUGCAAGACUGGUCUUUGAAGAGACGAUCGAGCGUGGUAAUGUGGUGGGAAGAUUCUUGAGGGGCGGCAUGAAUCUCGUCAGGCAGCGUGACGACGACGAGCAGGAAGAGCAGAUGCAUUCUGACAGAGGACAGCGGCAGUCGAACGACGGUGCGACGGCCACACUGACCGGGCCUUGCGCAAAGGGAGCAGGCAUACUGGCUUGGUGA